AUGUUAAGUUUACUAGGGACCAUCAUAAACACCAUAUUAAUGGCCGAAUUUGUUCUUGGAAGUUUGGCUAAUAGUUUCAUAGUACUGAUGAUGUGCACUGGCUGGGUCAAGAGGCGAAAGAUUUCCUCUGCGGAUGGAAUUCUCACUGCUCUGGCAGUCUCCAGAAUUGUUUUGCUCUGGCUAUUAUUAGUAAAUUGGCAUUUAAUUGCAUUUAAUCCUGUUGUACAUAGAUUAAAAUUAAGAGCUAUUAAUAUUACCUGGACUAUAGCCAAUCAUAUUAGCCUGUGGCUUGGUACAUGCCUCAGCAUAUUUUAUUUGCUCAAAGUAGCCAAUUUCUCUAAUCUUAUUUUUCUUCACCUCAAGUGGAGAGUUGAAAGGCUGGUUCUCCUGAUACUGCUGGGGAGAUCUAGAACGCAGAUCCCCAAGGUCUUGGUGACCCAUGUAGACUCUCCAGCAAGGCAGAACAACAACUGUCUUUACUUCCUGAGAGAAGCUGACCGGUACCCCCCUGGAGUGCGUAAGGAAACUGAACGGAGAGUCCCGCCCUCAGCUGCUGCAGCCAAUCGCAGAGGCAGAAAACUGACUUUAACUGUGGGAUCUCUCACACCCUUUUCACUAUCUUUGGUUUCUUUCCUGCUGUUACUCUUCUCUCUGCGGAAACGUCUCAAGAACACGAAGCUCAGUGCAGUAAGAUUCAGAGACCCCAGCACAGAGACCCAGAAAGCCAUGAAAAUUAUGAUCUCUUUCUUUUUACUACUAGGCGUUUACUCUCUGAGUCUUCUCCUAAUAGCUUUGGCGCCUAGCUUAUUAGAUGUUAGUAGUGUACAUACGAGGCUAAACCAAAACGUGAAGCCAAGUCAAAACGUAGGAGGCUUGAUGGCUUCGUGGAUGAUGCAUCGGCCUGCUGAUCAAGGUCGGCAGUGCAAGACCGUCAGCAGCUACACUGGAGAAGGAUGA